AUGAGCGACAUCCCCGUGCAGCUAGGCCACUACCGCCUGGGCAAGACGCUCGGCAUCGGCUCCUUCGGCAAGGUCAAGCUGGCCGAGCACGACAUCACGGGCCACAAGGUGGCCAUCAAGAUCCUCAACCGCAACAAGAUCCGCAGCCUCGACAUGAGCGAGAAGGUGCGGCGCGAGAUCACGCUGCUGCGCAAGAUGCGCCACCCUCACAUCAUCCGACUGUACGAGGUGAUUGACACGCCCACGGACAUCUUUAUGGUGCUCGAGUACAUUGCCGGCGGAGAACUUUUCGACUACAUUGUGUCGAAAGGACGGUUGGCGCCGGAGGAGGCAAGACACUUUUUCCACCAGAUUAUCUCGGGCGUGGAGUACUGCCAUUUCCACCGCAUCGUGCAUCGAGACCUCAAGCCGGAGAACUUGCUGCUGGACGCGGACAAUAACAUCAAGAUCGCAGACUUCGGGCUGUCCAACAGCAUGGAGGACGGAGACUUUUUGCGCACGUCGUGCGGCUCCCCGAACUACGCAGCUCCUGAGGUGAUCUCCGGCAGUUUAUAUGCUGGUCCUGAAGUGGACGUGUGGUCCUGUGGCGUCAUUUUGUACGCGCUGCUGUGCGGCAGCCUGCCGUUUGACGACGAGAGCAUCCCCAACCUGUUCAAGAAGAUCCGCGGCGGUAUGUACUCGCUGCCCAGCCACCUUUCCGAGAUGGCGCGCGACCUCAUCCCGCGCAUGCUCGUGGUGGACCCCAUGAAGCGCAUCACGAUCCCGGAGAUCAGGCAACACCCAUGGUUCCAGAUUGAUUUGCCCCCGUACCUGCAGCACCCGCCGGAGAUCGUGGAACACAAAACCUUCAAGAUUGACGAGGAGUGCCUGUCCCAGUGUUUGGCUCUGAAUUACGCCGCAAAUAUCGGCCACGACCAGCUAGUAGCAUUGCUCAAGAGGCGAGAAAACCACCCGCUCCGCGUGGCGUACGAACUUAUUCUUGAUCACAAGAACGCCAAGAUCCGUAUUGAUGGUACGUCCAUUGCUUCUCGUGGAUCUCAUCCAGCUGAAUUUUGCCUGAUAGAGCCAUUUAUUUUCUGCUCUCUUAAUCUAACGUUGUUAAUUUGCUGUCAAGCACCACGGAUGUCCGCGGCCGGAGGAAAUGGCAUGCCUGGAUUUGAUGACGGGCACGGCGCAGCCCCCACUCCCAAGCGGCGACGAUGGUACCUGGGCAUUCAGUCGAAGAAGGAGCCGGCUCACGUGAUGUCGGAAGUAUACAAGGCGCUGUUCGUGCUCCACUUUGAAUGGAAGGUCGUGGCGCCGUACCGCGUAAAGUGCCGGUGGCAGUCGCCUGUAGGAGACCCCAACAACCAGAACGGGGGCGCCGUGCUGAGCCCGGACGAGCUCAAGUUGCAGCAGCAGAUGCAGCGCAUCAAGAUCGGCCUCCAGCUGUACAAGGUGCAGCAGCACAUUUACUUGCUGGACUUCCAGCGUCUGGACGGCAACGCCUUCACGUACAUGAACCUCUGCGCUCGCAUCAUCACAGAGCUCAAGACCCUCUCCGGCAUCCGACCGCUGGCCAGUGGCCACGACCCGCGCUUCGGAGGCGACGGCGGAGGCAAUAUGAACUCGGUGCACCUGCACCAACACAACCCCAUGGGUGCCCAGGGAGCUCAGUAA